AUGGCACCCUAUGACAGCGAUUCCUCUGGGGGCGAGGAUAAUUCUGAUUACACCGAGACGAACGUGCUGCUUGGCUACGCCUCGAAAGAAGCCUCGGACGAUACGAUCAGUUACCUUGGAGGAAGACCAUCCUGGCUCGACCCCGCGACCCCGCCUUCAGCAACGCUCGCGAAGUGCAAAGUCUGCAACGACCUCAUGGUUCUUCUGCUACAACUAAAUGGUGAUCUCCCCGAACACUUCCCGGGCCACGAGAGACGACUAUAUGUGUUGACGUGUCGGAGGAAGACGUGCCGGCGCCAGGAGGGCAGCGUCAGGGCAUUGAGGGGUGUUAGGAUCGCCGAGGUCAAGAAGGAGACGAAGCCUGCCCCGGAGGCAGAAGCGCCAGCGAAACCUGCGAUUGACCUGGGACAGACCUUAUUUGGUGCCAAUCCAUUCUCGAGUACGGGAUCGGGCUCGGCGAAUCCAUUUUCGACUGCUGGCUCUGCACAUGCGGGCAAUCCUUUCUCUACAUCCUCUUCGAUGAGCAGUACUGCGAACCCGUUUACAGCAGUCGGAGCACCAACAUCCGAACUCGCCGCCAAACCCCCUCAAGCACCCUCGUCACCAGCGACCGACCUCCCCAAGACCUUCGCUUCCGCACUCAAACUCAAUAACGAUACACCUCAGUACGGACCCCCUUCGCCACCCGAACCAUGGCCUCCGGAAUCCGAGCUCCCAGCCGCAUACCCGCUCUACUACCUCGCAGACGCUGAUUACGAGACCCUAGAUAAACCAGAGGACUUACCGAUCCCUACGCAGACGAUGGAGAUUGACGAUGGCGGAGGAUCUGGCAACCAGAAGGAAGAUAAGGAUGUCUACGAAAGCACGAUCGAUAAGACCUUCCAAACAUUUGCGGAUAGACUCGCGCAGAACCCCGAGCAAGUCAUUCGUUACGAAUUCAAGGGUCAGCCAUUGCUGUACUCGAAACAAGAUGCUGUUGGGAAGCUACUCAGUGGCGGCAAGGAGAACGGGAAAGUGACGACGGCGUCGAGUAAUGGCAAUCGCAUGCCGAGAUGUGGCAACUGUAGCGCGGGGAGGGUGUUCGAGGUGCAGCUUACGCCGCAUGCCAUCAUGGAACUUGAGAGCGAGGAGAUGAGUAUUGACGGAAUGGAGUGGGGGACGAUUAUUGUUGGGGUUUGCGAGAGGGAUUGUCAGCAGAAGCUGGUGAGCACCGGGGUUGGAUAUGUGGAGGAGUGGGUGGGGGUGCAGUGGGAGGAGCUUAGAUGA